CUCCCACCUCAGGACUUAAGGGGGCAGAGAAAACCCCUUCUUCUUCCUCCCCUUUCAUCUUCACUGCUUGUUCUUUCUUUUCUUCCUCAAGCUGAGCUCUCAUCUCACUUCUCCUCCCCAAAUCCCAUCCAAUAGCCCAAGAUCAAUCCCUGCAUGUUAGAUCACAACAAUCCCCAUCAUCCAAGCUUUCCAUCCAUCCGAACAUCUUGCACAUGCAUGGAGAGUUGAGAGAGAUCGAAAUAGGAGAAGAGAGUGGUGGUUUCAGCCUGCAUGGUUGCAGCAGCAACAUGACUUUGUUUCCCUCCAUUUGGUCAUCCAUCUCCAUUAUUGCAGCUAGGAUGUGGCUGCAGCUCAUUUCGGUUGAAGCAGCCUUAGAUUCGGAGAUUCCGGAGAGUAACGAGCCAUAUCCCGAGGAGGAUAGUGACUACCCUCAGCAGCAAGGAGAGGAUUCCGGUUAUGAGUUAUGCUUCUUGUGUGGUCAUUGCUCUACCGAGGGCGGCGAGGGCAAUGAGUGAUCUCUUGCAGCUUGGCUCUUGCCCGUUUGGUUUGCCCUAGUGGGGUUGAGGCACCACUGAUUUUAUCUUUUGCUUAUGAACUAUAUUUGAGACUUCCACUGCUAUAUUUAUGUGUUGUAUGUUGGGACCUCGGACCCUAUUAUGUGUCAUGUAUCUCGCUGCUCUUUGACCCUAUUAUGGUACUUGCUAUGUUUAUUAA